AUGGCGGAGGGCGAGGUCCCACGACCAAUGACGGUAGAAGAGAUCCAAGCAUCUAUAGGAGAUUUCGUGCAGGCUGCUACCAAUGCUGUACAUAAGGCAGGAUUUGACGGAGUGGAAUUGCAUGGCGCAUAUGGGUUCCUGAUUGAUCAGUUUAUCCAAGAUGUAUCGAACAACCGUACAGAUAAGUAUGGAGGGAGCAUAGAGAAUCGAGCAAGAUUUGCUUUGGAGGUUGUGGACGCGGUAGCGAAAGCGGUCGGAGAGGAUAAGACUGCAAUUCGUUUCAGUCCGUGGACUAGAGAUCGAGAUAUGGGUAUGAAAGACCCCAUCCCGACAUUUACCUACCUCAUUUCGCAGCUGAAAGAGAAACAGCCUAAUUUGGCGUACCUUCAUCUCAUCCAAUCGCGAGACCUCGACGAUCCGAAACAGUCUAAUGAAAAAUUCUUUGAUAUGUGGUCUCCUAGGCCAUUGGUCGUCGCUGACGGUUUCACGCGAGAGAAAGCUUUGAAAUUUGCGGAAAGAGACGGUGUAUUGAUUGCAUUUGGGAAGCGGUUCAUUUCCAACCCAGAUCUACCAAUAAGGUUGAAAGCAAAUUUACCAUUAUCCGAAUAUGACAGGUCCAGCUUCUACGGAGGAGACGAGACUGGAAAGGGUUACAUUGAUUAUGCCUUUGCAUCCGAAUAGAGUUGUAAUGACGCUCCUAACAGCCGUUUGCAGAACCGAGAUUGGAGGAUGAUCAUGAAGGGAUGGAAGGAGGAAACGGAGGAGAAUGGGAGAGGCAAG